AUGAGUGAUAUACAAGAAGCUAGCAAGUCAUCUAAGAAGGAUUUCAAGAGAGAGAAAGGAACCACUCAUAUGCCAAUUGCACGCGUACAGAAAAUCAUAAAAGCAGACAAAGAAAUGGAGAACUGUGGUAGAGAAGCUACAUUUCUCAUAGCAGUUGCAACUGAAUACUUUAUCAAAUACCUUACAGACGCAGGAUACAUCGAAGCACGUCUAGAUAAAAGAAAUACGAUACAAUAUAAAGAUUUAGCUCAUGCAGUUGAUAAGAGCGAAGAACUCGAGUUUUUGAAAGAAAUUAUACCAUCAAAGUUAACUAUGCAGAAAGCUUUAGAAUUACAACAUAACAAGCGAAAUCAAGUCGAUGGUCCUGGUAAUACAAAUCAAGAUGAUGCUAUCCCUUUUGAACCACCUCACAAGAACAAAAAGAAAACACACGCUCAAGCUGAACAGAUGGCAACGGAACCUUUGCAACCUUUAGAACCUCCACAAUCUGAUCCGCAACCAAUGGAAGAAUAGAUUUGCUAAAAUUUUCCCUUAAACAUUCGCAAGAAGAGACGCUCUAAACAUAUUUGUAAAACUUUAAAACAACGACGAAUAU